AUGAGCGCAAACUCAAACUCUAUUUCUGCUCAACCCACAAAAACACCAACAACGGGCAGUGCUACUAUGAAUAGCAAGAACAAAGGAGGAUCAUCUCUGCUACAUCAGGUUUUUGAAGCAAAUCAUCAUCAGCAUGCUAAUCAUGCAAAUAAUACGACUCAUCAAAAUCCUCAGUCUUCAGCAACUUCCGAAGCUAAUUUGUUGGUAUUUACGAAUCCUCUACAAUCAUCAUCAUCUACUUAUGAAGAGGUUGUUAAUCCAUACUCUACACCAGUGGAAGAAUCAUCAGCAACUCACUAUGAUGAAACAACAAUUAAUACAUCAACCCGAUCGAAUAUUAAAGGUGUUGCUCUUUCAAAGGAUUCUUCCGAGAGUAGUUCUCCAACCAUUCAUAAUUUAAAUCAUCAUGCAAAUAAUCAAUCACAUUUUACUAUGGCUACUACACCUGCAUCAUUUAGGAGCAAGCCAAAUUUAAAUGUUGAUAUUCCAAAUUCUAAUUACAAUAAUUUACAAAAGGAAGCAGUGACAUCAUCGGCUGCUAAAUUCAGUUUUGGAGGAUCGAAAACUGGUGAACAACAUGGAUCAAUCAUUCUUAAACGAAAUCAGAGUAAACCUUCAACCCCUAUACAAGUAGAAUUGGAUGAAUUGCAACCAUAUGAUGAAACAAUUUCUGUGGAUGCAACUGUGGAUGAUGAAGGAUUGUUACAUAUCCCACCAACUUUGCAACUUUCUGGAAAGGAGGAAGUAUCUAUUGAUGGAAUUGUUUUGCCAACCAUUCCUGGUUAUUUAUUAAGGCCAUCAGAUUCAAUGGAAUCUAUUUCAUCUCUUGUUUUGGAUCCAACUAUGCAGCCAAGUAUUUUGGAGGAUGAAUAUAUGCGCAAGUUGGCUGAAAAAGAACUCACAAAUGGAGGAAAUUCUGCAAUAGGUGCUCUGUUCAAUUCAGCUCACAAUCUUGCAAGACAAAUUGAAAAGAAAACAGGUGUCUCAUUGAAAGAACGAAUGCCAAUGAUAUUCUCAUCGAAAAACUUGGAAGAAAAACCAUCUUUCAUUAAGAGAGCUACAAAAAAGCUGGCAUCUGUUCUGGAAACACCAAGAGUAUUACUUCCGUCUCAAACCAGAACUUUGCGUGCCUACAAUUUCAAAAAGCUCAGAAACACUCUUAGGUAUCAGAGAAAAUUACUCAAGGCAAAGGAAAAGCAAAUGCAAUCAGGAGGUGAUGAGGAGGAAUUGAUAGAUGGAGCUGAUGUAUCUGUGGAAACUGAAUCUAGUUGCAGUGGAGAGGAUGGUAAUGAUACAGCAAUGCUGAGGAUUCCCUCCAUAGAGGAGGAGCCUGUGUCUAAACCAAAGACUAAAUUACAAAAAGUUAUUGGCUCAUUCAAAUACUUUUUCACAGGACAAUCAGAAAAGAAUCAAUCAAGAGUUUUAUAUAAGGAUUUAUCGACAGACGAUAGAAAGAAGGUACACUCAUUGCUUAUUGGUAUGUUUUCUGUUUGGAUAAUUUUUUGA